GAAGAACUUCAAAUAAGCAUUGUUUUUCAUUUCGCUGAUGUGGCAGACGACUCUAAGGUCUGCAAACGGUGUCCCAGCGAUUGUUAGAGUUUUAUCUUUACCAGUUUGCAUUUUCAGCUUUGUUCACAGCCAAUCAGCAUCAUGCGCCAGUUGAAAGGAAAAGUCAAGGAGACUAACAAGCAGAAGAAAGAACGAAAGAAGGAGUUUAUUGAAAAUAAACAGAGAGUCUUCACCAUCGUUUUACCAACUAUUGGUGUCCUCUUUGUUUUGAUGGUCCUGUACGUUUACUUUAAGGCAAGUCGUCCCAAAACAAACGUUGAAUUCUAAAUUCUUAACAAAAAUUGUGUUUGGUGAAAGAUAAAAAAGUUUCUGUUAUAUUUGCCCUCUGCAUAGAAAGUGUCGAUUUGACUCUGCUCGUGUAUUAUAAUCUAAGAAACAGAGUAUUCUUUAUAAAUUUCUUAUGUGUGUGAUAAAUUUGGACCUUGAUCUCUGAAUUCAACAUCCCUCAAGAAUCUUGAAUUGAACCAUUAAGACUGUAAUUUAUCUAUCUAAUUAUUUGUGAAUUGCAAACUAUUGUUAUUUUUGGCUUAGUGACUUAUGAAUGUGUCAUUCUUAAUAAUGGCCGUAUUUACAUAUCCACCCUUAAGACUUGCCAAAAGCACCAUAUUGUCUAAUAUUUAUAUUGUUAUGUUAAAAAUAUUGCAGCUGUGUUAGAUGCCACCUCACAUCUCCAUUAAAGUGUUUAUGUUUUCAUUAAA